GGAAAGCUCUAAUCAACCAAACAGUACCAGGGAAUAUAGUCGAGGAAGCUAGGCCUGACGUGUUUUGUGUGUGUACAUGUUUCUUUUGUCCUGCCUCAAUAUCGUAUGAAGAGUUUUCAGAGUAAGCCAUGGCAGGAGUACUUGGGGGCUUUAUACUGGUUUCAGAAGCAUGAACGUCUGGCGAUUGUAUAUGAAGUCAGCUGCUGGAUCCUCCGGUAUCUUACUGAUCUCCUUUGUCCUCCUCCUAGGGUGUUCAUCUGUCUUCAUCGGCCUCUCUGACGUCGCUCAUAGUGUAACGAGCAGUAGUAGUUCAGCUUCGAAACCUACACUAUCAACCACAUCAUCCUCCAUGUACCCUAAAAGAAACCUCGAUAUCCCUAAAAAUGCCUCCAAACAAAUUGAGAUACCACUCGAUUGUCCAGCCUACGACCAGACACAAACUUGUCCUUCAAACUACCCAAACAUCCUCGACCCCAAAGAAUAUCGCGACCAUUCAUCAGCCCUCACGUGUCCAGACUACUUCCGUUGGAUCCACGAAGAUCUACGGCCCUGGGCCCACACAGGGAUCACAAGGGAGAUGUUGGAGAGAGCUAAAACGACAUCCACUUUUAGGCUGAUCAUAGUGGAGGGGAAGGUUUACGUGGAGAAAUAUCGUAGAGCGUUUCAGACAAGAGAUGUUUUUACGCUGUGGGGGAUCUUACAGAUGCUACGGAGGAAUCCAGGGAAAGUGCCAAACUUGGAGCUUAUGUUUGAUUGUGGCGAUGAACCGACGAUCAGGAAAAGCAAUUAUCAAGGGCCCAAUGCCACGUGCCCACCGCCCCUCUUUCGUUAUUGUGGGACUGAUGAUAAACUGGAUAUUCCUUUCCCAGAUUGGUCCUUUUGGGGAUGGCCUGAGAUCAAUAUAAAGCCUUGGGAAAUAUUGUUGAAGGACAUAGAAGAAGGAAACAAGAAGAAACGAUGGAUGGAUAGGGAACCAUAUGCUUACUGGAAGGGUAAUCCGGAGGUUUCUCUAUCGAGGCAUCAGCUCCUCAAAUGUAAUGUCUCGGACACUCAGGAUUGGAAUGCUCGCAUAUAUGUCCAGGAUUGGAAGCGAGAAUCACGGGAAGGGUACAAGCAAUCGGACUUGGCUAGCCAAUGCACUCAUAGGUAUAAGAUUUAUAUUGAGGGCAUUGCCUGGUCUGUGAGUGAAAAGUACAUUCUUGCCUGCGAUUCUGUUAGCUUACUGGUAAAGCCCCACUAUCAUGAUUUCUUCACGAGAAGUUUGAUGCCAUUGCACCACUACUGGCCUGCAAGGGAUGAUGACAAGUGCAGAUCUAUUGCGUUUGCUGUCGACUGGGGCAACACCCACAAACAAAAGGCGAAAGGAAUUGGGAAGGCAGCCACUAAAUUCGUUCAAGAGGAGCUGAAGAUGGAAUAUGUCUAUGAUUACAUGUUUCAUCUUUUGAAUGAGUAUGCUAAGCUAUUAACAUUCAAUCCCAUUAGACCUGCAAAUGCUGUUGAACUCUGUGCAGAGACAAUAGCUUGCCCAGCACAAGGAUUGCAGAAGAAAUUCUUUAUGGAAUCAAUGGUAAAAGGCCCCACAUACUCAAGUCCAUGCACCAUGCCUCCUCCAUAUGAUGCCUCGUCUCUUCAUGCUUUCUUGAAGAGAAAGGAAAGCUCAAUAAAACAAGUGGAAUUAUGGGAGGAUAAUUUUUGGGUAAAUCGUACCAAGCAGUCUUAGAAGGUUUCUUCUUCAGUUUAUAGGCAUUAUACUCGUGAGGAUUCACAAUUCCUAGAAAUAUUAGACAGGCAACAUUAAAUCAUAAAUGAGUCCAUGUUGGUAUCUUUUAAUAGAUAGUAUUAAUUGUAAUUUUUCUUACCAUGACCGUUGCUUUUCUAUA